AUGUCAAUAAACACGCCCUUAGAAUCGACAGUCCCACUAUUGGAUAUCAUAAAUGAUACCUAUACCAAACCCCCUCCAGGUGUGAACCAGAACCUACCGAUAUUCAUCGGUAUCAUGACCGUUUAUGAAAAGAUUGAGAUUAGGGAAUGCUUGCGCAAAUUGUAUACACACAAUAACGAUGCUCUGACGCGGUAUCUCGGAGUCAAGAGAUCGCCUGUGACGAUUAGGUUUAUCCUAGGACUGCCAAAGAAUGAAUAUAUAGAUAAGCUGGAGGAAGAGUCUAAAAUGUACAAGGACAUUGUUAUUUUGAAUAUUACAGAAAAUAUGAACGAAGGAAAGACAUUUGAAUAUUUCAAAUGGUUUGCUAAGCAUAGGGAGGAUAAUUAUAUAGUCAAAACGGACGAUGACACUUUCAUCCACCUUAUUCACUACUACCGUGACCUUCAAGACUUACCAAGAAAGCGUGUGUAUUAUGGCAAUACUUGGAUAGAUGAAGAUGGAAAACUCUCGUUUAUGGGAGGAUACACUCUCUCGCGCGACCUCAUUAUAGACAUUGUUGGAUCACACUGGGUUGGUUCAAAUGUCAAAGGCCCUGAGGACUGGCUAGUGGGUGAGUGGGUAUGCCAUGUGGCUAAGGAGAAUAAGUACUUCGUGCAUUAUGUCGGCUAUACAGGUUGGUCGUCCAUACGCCAAAAUCCCAUCCGUGACUUUGACACGGAUCUGGACCUCCACCUCUUUGUUGAGACUAUCAUGAUACAUAUGCUAAAAGACAUCGAGAAGUUGAAUGCCAUUAAGGAUGUGUACUCCAAAUACGAAGAGGGAUUGCCAAUAGUCAAAGUCAUUCGGAAUUCAACGGCCAAAGGCCUGCAUACAAAGAGGGAGUUUGCUCCACAAUGCUGGGAAAAAGAUCAGAUCUUGAAUCAAACUUUGCAGAGUACCUACAAGAAUUGGUUCUACGAAGCUUGGGGUUUUAAGGAGGGGAAGUGGUAUAAAUAUUAUGGGCCUGUAAAUAAUAUAUAG